CUUUUUGGCCUCUCCUACUUACCGUUGCCAAUGCCCUCUCAGUAGCCAGUGCCCUACCAGUCUUCCUUUUUUCACGUCUUCCUUCCUUACCAGGCAUGAAAUCCCCCACAACCCUCAACUGAAAAUACCUCUCUUUCCAGGAUUCUUGAUCUUUCUUUACGAUCUUCCAUUUAACGGGUCAUAUUCUGUGUGCGUUUCUUGAAUUCUUUCUUAUCACCUGAAUUUGAUUCUUGAUUUUGGCAAUUUCUUUAAACCCCCCACAACGGACAUGGCGGCAUUGGCACCUGGAAUUCUACUGAAGCUUCUCAAUGGGAUGAAUACAGGGACAAAACCCACCAGUGAGCACCGGAGCUCACUUCUGCAGGUGACUGAUAUAGUCCCAGCUGAUCUUGACGAAAAAAAUCUCUUGCCCAAACACGGAUUCUACAUUAAAAUCUCUGAUUCUUCGCACUCAAUCUAUGUCAGUCUUCCCUCUGAGCAAGAUGACUUUGUUCUCAGCAACAAAAUGCAGCUAGGCCAAUUCAUUUAUGUCGAUAGAUUGGAGCCGGGAUCUCCGGUUCCAGUUGUCAAAGGGGCUAAGCCGCUUCCCGGGAGACACCCGCUAGUGGGCACACCAGAACCAUUAAUGGGUCUUAGGGAAAAAGGGGAGAAAGGCGAACAAAAUCCCAAAUCAAAGGCUUCAGGUCACAGGAGAGGUUCUUGGGGAACAGGGCAAAAUGGGGAAAACGGGGUUUUAUCUCCCAUGGUUUUAAAGCCAAUUCCUUUGGAUUUUGAUCAGUGUACGCCGAUGAAACAGCGGGCAAGCUGUGGGAAACCAGCUUCUCCGUUGAUAAGAGGAAGAAUGGGCAAAGAUGGAAGUGCAAGUGCGGGAAUUAGAUGUUCGUUUGGUGGUGGUCUGCUUGCUAAAAUGGUGGAUGCAAAAGGUGAGAGUCCUGCAUUACUUAGAAAAAGCUGCGCUGUAACUUCUGCAUCGAAGUUUCGAAGAAGCAAGAGCGUCUGUGAAAGAGAGUCUAGAAUCCCAAGUAGUCCCUUGAACUCAUCUGAAAAUAAAAGUUCAACUCCACCACCAAGUUUGAGGAAUGGAAGGGUGGUGGCUUCUCUCAAAAUGGGCGGAGGAUCACAAAACUCCUCCAACUCAAAGCCUGCCCCGGAGCCACAGUCUCAGUCCAGUAAAUCUGCUUCUGACAAUAGUGCCAGUCUACCUAUCAAUUUGCCAGGAAAAUUAAGCAUACUUGGCAAGGAAGCUGUGCAGCAGCGAGAAACAGCCCAGAAGAUAGCCCUCCAGGCCCUUAGAGAUGCUUCAGCUACAGAAACUUUAGUUCGAUCUCUUAAGAUGUUUUCGAACUUGAGCAAAUCUGCUAGACCAGACGCUCCAGCGGCCUGUUUUGAUAAGUUUCUGGAAUUCCAUCAACAAAUUGUACAAGCAGUUACCGAUAUGGUGUCCAUUCAAGCAGCUGCUGAAAUUGCUCAAAACCCCAAAGUUGAACAAAACGAUAGAAAGCCUCAGGAGGAGUUCCCAAUCUUACACGAAAUUGUACACAACUCUAUGGACCAAUCCAAGAACUCAGAAUUAAAUUCAUCCAAAAGAAGAGCAGCUCUACACAAAUCAUUUGCUGCCUUUCCUGAAAGAAGUGAACAGAAGGCAAAUUUGGGAAAACUCCUACGAUCAAAUGCCAACCAAAAGGCCUCUUCAGAGGGAAAAGGUCCAUCCACUCCUCCGCUUGGAAAACUGCCCCUUGAGUCUAUCAGCGAGAACGAUGAAAACAAGAUACCAGCAUUUUGCAGUUUAAGCAAUACAAUUAGAUUGGGAAAGCAGAUUGAGACUGAAGCUGGAAAUUGGUUUAUGGAGUUCCUGGAAAAAGCUUUGGAAAGUGGUAUGAAGAAAUCUCAAGGCACAGCAGAUGGGGAUGCCAAGAAAGUUCCUCAGUCUCUUAUACUAAAAGUUACAAACUGGGUGGAGGUAGAACAGUGUGAUAGCAGUAAGUGGCCAGUUCAUCCCAAGGCAGCACAAAUAGCCCGAAAGCUGAGGAUCAAAAUGAAGAACCCUUGAAAAGUACUUCUUACCAUGGAUGAUUAUCUUUUGUGUGUUCCAUUUGUUUGGGAAUGAUGUUGCUUUUAUUGUAGUGAAUACAAUUUGCACGUGCAUGAGUUCUAUUUCAAAGCCCAUAGUGUUCCAAAA